CUCCGCGCGCGGGGGCCCGGCCACUUGGAGCAGCUCUGCCGCGGGGACUGCACUGUCCGCCCUGCCAGACCCGCCCCGACUGGGGCUCGCCGUCGCCAGCAGUCACAGCACUGCGACCUCGGGCCCUACGCCGACUAUGGCUGCGUCCUGGGACUGAGCCCGCAGGUUGUGUGACCGAGAUUCCCAAAAAGACAGAGACUGACAGAAGAAGAGAAGAAGGAGGGGCGGGCCCCUGGCAAGGCAUUCGCUCCUGAACAGAGUCCUGCAAAGAUGGAGAAGGAAGAGGAGACAACCCGGGAGCUGCUGCUGCCUAACUGGCAGGGCAGUGGCUCCCAUGGGCUGACCAUUGCCCAGAGGGACGAUGGAGUCUUUGUACAGGAAGUGAUGCAGAACUCCCCGGCGGCCCGCACUGGGGUGGUCAAAGAGGGGGACCAGAUUGUGGGUGCCACCAUCUACUUUGACAACCUGCAGUCUGGUGAGGUGACCCAGCUGCUGAACACCAUGGGGCAUCACACGGUUGGCUUGAAGUUGCACCGUAAGGGGGACCGUUCCCCUGAGCCUGGACAGACCUGGACCCAUGAAGUCUUCAGCUCCCGGAGCUCCGAGGUGGUUCUGAGCGGGGAUGAUGAGGACUACCAGCGCAUCUAUACCACAAAGAUCAAGCCACGCCUGAGGUCGGAGGAUGGAGUAGAAGGGGACCUUGGGGAGACCCAGAGCCGUACCAUCACAGUGACCAGAAGGGUCACAGCCUACACUGUGGAUGUGACCGGUCGGGAAGGAGUGAAAGACAUUGACAUCAGCAGCCCCGAGUUCAUGAUUAAGAUACCAAAGCAUGAAGUGACUGAAAUCUCCAACACAGAUGUGGAAAUCCAGUCUGGGAAGACGGUGAUCAGACUGCCCUCGGGAUCGGGGGCAGCUUCUCCAACCACAGGCUCUGCCAUGGAUAUCCAGGCAGGUGCCAUUUCUGCUCCAGGACCAGAGCUCGAGGGUGCUGGCCAAUCAAAAUUCCAGGUCACUGUGCCUGGGAUAAAGGUGGGAAGCCCUGGUGUCAAUGUCAGUGCGAAAGGCUUGGACUCGGGUGGGAAAGGAGGGAUCCAAGUUCCAGGAGUGGACAUUUCGUCUUCUCUUGGGACUGGCUCAGUAGAGGUCCAGGGCCCAUCCCUCCAGAGUGGUGAUGCUGGGAAAAUUAAAAUUCCUACCAUGAAGAUGCCAAAAUUUGGUGUCUCAGCAGGCACGGAGGGCCAGAUACCAGAGGCAGGGCUGAGUGUUUCUGCACCUGAAUUCUCUGUGGGGCAUAAGGGUGACAAGCCAGGUUUGACCAUUGGUGGUAGCAUCCAGGCUCCUAAUCUGGAAGUCAACACUGAGGGUCUUGGGGGGAAGCUGAAGGGUCCCAAAAUCACUGGGCCAUCACUUGAGAGUGAUGUGGGUCUGAAAGGUACCAAGCUGCAGGGGAACAUAGGAAUGGAUGCCUGUGCUUCCAAAAGAGGCAGCAUCUCUGGUCCCAGUGUGGAAGUUGGAAGCCCUGAUGUUGAUGUUCAUGGGCUAGGGGCCAAACUGAAUAUGCCCAAGAUGAAAGUCCCUAAAUUCUCUGCAUCAGGUUCAAAGGGAGAGGGAGUUGGCAUUGAUGUGACACUGCCCACAGGUGAAGUGACCCUCCCUGGGGUCUCGGGGGAUGCCAGUCAGCCUGAGAUUGCUAUUGGUGGGUUAGAAGGGAAGCUGAAGGGUGCUAAAGUCAAGACUCCUGAAAUGAUUGUCCAGAAACCUAAAAUCUCCAUGCAGGAUGUGGACCUGAGCCUUGGGUCCUGUAAACUGAAAGGAGAUAUGAAGGUAUCUGCUCCUGAGGUGAAAGGUGAUGUUAAAGGCCCUCAGGUGGCAGUUAAAGGCUCCAAAAUGGGUAUAGAGACACCAAACUUAGAGGGGACCUUAACAGGCCCCAAGCUCAGCAGCCCUUCUGGAAAAAUAGGGACCUGUAAGAUCUCCAUGGCAGAUGUAGACUUAAAUGUAGCUGCACCUAAAGGGAAAGGGAGUGUAGAUGUCACGCUACCCAGAGUAGAAGGGAAAAUCAAAGGCCCUGAACUUGAUGUCCAAGGCCCCAAAAUGGAUAUCAGUGCUCCAGAUGUGGAAGUUCAUGGCCCAGAAUGGAACUUGAAAAUGCCCAAGAUGAAAAUGCCCAAGUUCAGUGUCCCAGGAGUCAAAGGAGAAGGCCCAGAUGUAGAUGUGACUGUACCCAAAGGAGACAUCAGUAUUUCAGGGCCCAAGGUCAACAUAGAAACCCCAAGUGCCAACAUGGAGAGUCUCGGGGGCAAACUUACAGGCCCUGAUAUUAAUCUGCCUGAAGUGAGUGUCAAGACUCCAAAGAUUUCCAUGCCUGAUGUAGAUCUACAUGUCAAGGGCACAAAAGUGAAGGGAGAGUAUGAUGUAACAACACCAAGGCUUGAGGGGGAACUGAAAGGCCUCAAAGUAGACACUGAUGCCCCAGAAGUGAAUGUUCGUGGCCUAGACCUGAAGAUGCCCAAGAUGAAAAUGCCCAAAUUCAGUGUACCAGGAUUCAAAGCAGAGGGCCCAGAAGUGGACGUGAACCUGCCCAAGGCAGAUAUGGACAUUUCUGGGCCUAAGGUGGAGGUCAGUGCUCCAGAUGUGAGCAUCGAAGGACCGGAAGGGAAGCUGAAAGGACCUAAGUUUAAAAUGCCUGAAAUGAACAUCAGAGCUCCAAAGAUCUCCAUGCCAGAUGUGGACUUACACUUAAAAGGCCCCAGCGUAAAGGGAGAAUAUGAUGUCACAGUGCCAAGGGCUGAAGGUGAGAUUAAAGUUCCUGAUGUUGAACUUAAAAGUGCCAAAGUGGACAUUGAUGUCCCAAAUGUGGAUGUUCAAGGUCCUGAAUGGCACAUGAAGAUGCCCAAGAUAAAAAUGCCCAAGUUUGGCAUGCCAGGCUUCAAGGCAGAGAGUCCAGAAGUGGAGGUAAAUCUCCCUAAGGCCAACAUUGAUGUCUCAGGACCCAAGGUAGAUGUUAAAGCUCCAGAUGUGAACAUUGAAGGUCCUGAAGGAAAGCUGAAGGGUCCUAAGCUGAAGACGCCUGAGAUGGAUAUCAAGGCCCCAAAGAUCUCCAUGCCUGAUGUGGAUUUGCAUAUGAAAGGUCCCAAAGUCAAAGGAGAGUUUGAUGUCACUAUGCCAAAGGUUGAAGGAGACUUGAAAGGCCCAAAAGUAGAUGUCACUGCUCCAGAUGUUGACAUUCAUGGUCCUGAUUGGAACCUGAAAAUGCCAAAGAUUAAAAUGCCCAAAUUCAGCAUGCCUAGUCUCAAAGGAGAAGGCCCAGAGUUGGAUGUGAACAUGCCCAAGGCUGAUAUGGACAUUUCUGUACCAAAGCUAGAUAUCAGUGCUCCAGAUUUGAACCUUGAGGGACCAGAAGGGAAGUUGAAAGGCCCUAAGUUUAAGAUGCCUGAGAUGCAUUUCAAGGCUCCAAAGAUGUCUCUACCAGAUGUGGACCUGGAUCUCAAAGGACCCAAAAUGAAAGGAAAUCUAGACAUGUCUGCACCAAAAAUAGAGGGAGAGAUGAAAGUUCCAGAUGUGGACAUCAAAGGUCCGAAGGUAGAUAUUAAAGCACCAGAUGUGGAAGGUCAAGGCCCAGACUGGAGCCUGAAAAUGCCAAAGAUGAAAAUGCCAAAGUUCAGCAUGCCCGGGUUCAAAGCAGAGGGCCCAGAUGUGGAUGUGAACCUGCCCAAGGCUAACAUCGAUGUCUCAGGACCUAAAGUUGACAUUGAGGCCCCAGAUGUUAGCAUCGAGGGACCAGAAGGAAAGCUAAAGGGCCCCAAGUUUAAGAUGCCUGACAUGCACUUCAAGGCCCCAAAGAUUUCAAUGCCUGAUGUGGACUUAAACUUGAAAGGCCCCAAAGUCAAGGGGGAUAUGGAUGUGACAGUGCCCAAGCUAGAAAGUGAAAUGAAAGUGCCAGAUGUGGACAUCAAAGGGCCUAACGUGGACAUUAGUGCCCCAGAUGUGGAUGUUCAUGGGCCAGACUGGCACCUGAAGAUGCCCAAGAUGAAAAUGCCCAAGUUCAGCAUGCCCGGGUUCAAAGCAGAGGGCCCAGAAGUGGAUGCGAACCUGCCCAAGGCUGACAUUGAUGUCUCAGGGCCAAAAGUUGACAUUGAGGCCCCAGAUGUGAGCAGAGGGCCAGAAGGGAAGCUGAAGGGUCCCAAGUUUAAGAUGCCUGACAUGCAUUUCAAGGCCCCUAAGAUCUCCAUGCCUGAUGUGGACUUGAAUAUUAAGGGGCCCAAAGGAAAAGCAGAUAUGGAUGUAUCAUUGCCUGAGGUAGAGGGUGAAAUGAAAGUGCCAGAUGUGGACAUUAAAGGGCCCAAAGUUGGCAUUGAUGCUCCAGAUGUUGAAGCUCAUGGCCCAGACUGGCACCUUAAGAUGCCAAAAAUGAAAAUGCCUAAGUUCAGUAUGCCUGGCUUCAAAGGAGAAGGCCCAGAAGUGGAUGUGAGCCUGCCCAAGGCUGACAUUGAUGUCUCAGGACCCAAGGUGGACAUUGAUGUUCCAGAUGUAAAUAUUGAAGGUCCAGACGCAAAACUAAAAGGACCAAAGUUUAAGAUGCCAGAAAUGAAUAUAAAGCCUCAGAAGAUAUCCAUGCCAGAUGUUAGCUUGAAUUUGAAAGGCCCUAAAGUGAAAGGAGAAUAUGAUGUCUCAGUUCCAAAAGUGGGAGGAGAAAUAAAAGCUCCUGCUGUUGACGUCAAAGGACCCAAAGUAGAUGCUCCAGAUGUGGAAGUUCAUGGUCCAGACUGGCACCUGAAGAUGCCCAAGGUGAAAAUGCCCAAGUUCAGCAUGCCUGGCUUCAAAGGAGAGGGCCCUGAAGUGGAUGUGAAUCUUCAGAAGGCCAACAUUGAUGUCUCAGGACCCAAAGUGGACGUAGAUGUUCCAGAUGUGAAUAUUGAAGCUCCAGAAGGGAAACUGAAGGGUCCCAAGUUCAAGAUGCCGAGCAUGAAUAUACAGACACACAAAAUCUCUAUGCCUGAUGUUGGGCUUAAUCUGAAAGGACCUAAACUGAAAAGUGAUGUAGAUGUUUCUCUUCCAAAAGUAGAAGGAGAUUUGAAAGGUCCUGAAGUUGAUGUUAAAGUCCCUAAGAUGGAUGUGGAUGUUGGUGAUAUUGAUAUUGAAUGUCCAGAAGGGAAGCUGAAGGGCCCCAAGUUUAAGAUGCCUGACAUGCACUUCAAGGCCCCUAAGAUCUCCAUGCCUGAUGUGGACUUACACUUGAAAGGCCCCAAAGUCAAAGGGGAUAUGGAUGUGACUGUACCUAAGGUAGAAGGUGAAAUGAAAGUUCCAGAUGUGGAUAUCAAAGGCCCCAAAGUGGACAUUAAUGCCCCAGAUGUGGAUGUUCAUGGGCCAGACUGGCACCUGAAGAUGCCCAAGGUGAAAAUGCCCAAGUUCAGCAUGCCUGGCUUCAAAGGAGAGGGUCCAGAUGUAGACGUGAAUCUACCAAAGGCUGACAUUGAUGUCUCAGGGCCUAAGGUGGACAUUGAUACUCCUGACUUAGAUAUUGAAGGACCAGAAGGAAAACUGAAAGGCUCCAAAUUUAAGAUGCCCAAGUUGAAUAUCAAGACUCCCAAGAUCUCCAUGCCAGAUGUGGACUUGAAUUUGAAGGGGCCCAAACUGAAAGGAGAGAUAGAUGCUUCUGUGCCAGAAAUGGGAGCUGAUCUCAGAGGUCCUCAAAUUGAUGUCAAAGGCCCUAGUAUGGAUGUGAAAGUGCCUGAUGUUGAUCUGGAAUGUCCUGAUGCGAAGUUGAAAGGCCCCAAGUUUAAGAUGCCUGACAUGCACUUCAAGGCUCCUAAAAUCUCCAUGCCUGAUGUGGACUUACAUUUGAAAGGCCCCAAAGUCAAGGGGGAUAUGGAUGUAACAAUGCCCAAGCUAGAGGGAGAAUUAAAAGGCCCCAGUGUGGAUGUGGAAAUGCCUGAUGUUGACCUGGAAUGUCCUGAUGCAAAGUUGAAAGGCCCCAAGUUUAAGAUGCCUGACAUGCACUUCAAGGCCCCAAAGAUUUCAAUGCCUGAUGUGGACUUAAACUUGAAAGGCCCCAAAGUCAAGGGGGAUAUGGAUGUGACAGUGCCCAAGCUAGAAGGUGAAAUGAAAGUGCCAGAUGUGGACAUCAAAGGGCCUAACGUGGACAUUAGUGCCCCAGAUGUAGAUGUUCAUGGGCCAGACUGGCACCUGAAGAUGCCCAAGAUGAAAAUGCCCAAGUUCAGCAUGCCCGGGUUCAAAGCAGAGGGCCCAGAAGUGGAUGUGAACCUGCCCAAGGCUGACAUUGAUGUCUCAGGGCCAAAAGUUGACAUUGAGGCCCCAGAUGUGAGCAUUGAGGGGCCAGAAGGGAAGCUGAAGGGUCCCAAGUUUAAGAUGCCUGACAUGCAUUUCAAGGCUCCUAAGAUCUCCAUGCCUGAUGUGGACUUACACUUGAAAGGCCCUAAAGUCAAGGGGGAUGUGGAUGUGACAGUGCCCAAACUGGAAGGAGAAUUAAAAGGCCCCAAAGUGGAUGUGGAAAUGCCUGAUGUUGACCUGGAAUGUCCUGAUGCAAAGUUGAAAGGCCCCAAGUUUAAGAUGCCUGACAUGCACUUCAAGGCUCCUAAAAUCUCCAUGCCUGAUGUGGACUUACAUUUGAAAGGCCCCAAAGUCAAGGGGGAUAUGGAUGUGACAGUGCCCAAGCUAGAAGGUGAAAUGAAAGUGCCAGAUGUGGACAUCAAAGGGCCUAAUGUGGACAUUAGUGCCCCAGAUGUGGAUGUUCAUGGGCCAGACUGGCACCUGAAGAUGCCCAAGAUGAAAAUGCCCAAGUUCAGCAUGCCCGGGUUCAAAGCAGAGGGCCCAGAAGUAGAUGUGAACCUGCCCAAGGCUGACAUUGAUGUCUCAGGGCCAAAAGUUGACAUUGAGGCCCCAGAUGUGAGCAUUGAGGGGCCAGAAGGGAAGCUGAAGGGUCCCAAGUUUAAGAUGCCUGACAUGCAUUUCAAGGCUCCUAAGAUCUCCAUGCCUGAUGUGGACUUACACUUGAAAGGCCCUAAAGUCAAGUGGGAUGUGGAUGUGACAGUGCCCAAACUGGAAGGAGAAUUAAAAGGCCCCAAAGUGGAUGUGGAAAUGCCUGAUGUUGAUCUGGAAUGUCCUGAUGCAAAGUUGAAAGGCCCCAAGUUUAAGAUGCCUGACAUGCACUUCAAGGCUCCUAAAAUCUCCAUGCCUGAUGUGGACUUGCAUUUGAAAGGCCCCAAAGUCAAGGGGGAUAUGGAUGUGACAGUGCCCAAGCUAGAAGGUGAAAUGAAAGUGCCAGAUGUGGACAUCAAAGGGCCUAAUGUGGACAUUAGUGCCCCAGAUGUGGAUGUUCAUGGGCCAGACUGGCACCUGAAGAUGCCCAAGAUGAAAAUGCCCAAGUUCAGCAUGCCCGGGUUCAAAGCAGAGGGCCCAGAAGUGGAUGUGAACCUGCCCAAGGCUGACAUUGAUGUCUCAGGGCCAAAAGUUGACAUUGAGGCCCCAGAUGUGAGCAUUGAGGGGCCAGAAGGGAAGCUGAAGGGUCCCAAGUUUAAGAUGCCUGACAUGCAUUUCAAGGCCCCUAAGAUCUCCAUGCCUGAUGUUGAUUUCAACUUAAGGGGUCCUAAAAUCAAAGGAGAUAUUGAUGUUUCAGUCCCAAAGAUUGAGGGAGAACUACAGGGUCCAGAACUGGAUGUCAAGGGCCCCAAAUUGGAUGCCGACAUGCCAGAAGUAGCUGUGGAAGGCCCAGAAGGUAAAUGGAAAAGUCCUAAAUUCAAGAUGCCAGACAUGCACUUUAAAGCUCCCAAAAUCUCCAUGCCAGACAUUGACCUUCACUUAAAGAGUCCAAAGAUAAAGGGAGAAGUUGAUGUAGAUAUUCCGAAAUUGGAAGGAGAUCUCAAAGGGCCAAAUGUGGACCUGAGUGGGCCAGACAUUGAGAUUGAAGGACCAGAAGGAAAAUUGAAAGGUCCUAAGUUCAAGAUGCCUGAAAUGAACAUCAAAGCCCCCAAGAUCUCUAUGCCUGAUUUGCAUCUUAAGGGUCCCAAACUAAAGGGAGAUGUGGAUGUGUCCUUGCCCAAAGUGGAAGGUGACCUCAAGGGCCCAGAGGUUGACAUCAAAGGCCCCAAAGUGGACAUUGAUGUUCCAGAUGUGGAUGUUCAUGGUCCAGACUGGCACCUGAAAAUGCCCAAGAUGAAAAUGCCCAAGUUCAGCAUGCCUGGCUUCAAAGGAGAGGGCCCUGAAGUGGAUGUGACCUUGCCCAAGGCUGACAUUGAUGUCUCAGGACCCAAGGUGGACAUUGAAGGCCCUGAUGUAAACAUUGAAGGACCAGAAGGAAAGUUGAAAGGUCCUAAGUUCAAGAUGCCUGAGAUGAACAUCAGCCCCAAGAUCUCCAUGCCAGACAUUGAUCUCAACCUGAAAGGUCCCAAAGUGAAGGGUGAUGUGGACGUGUCUCUGCCCAAAGUGGAAGGUGAGAUUAAAGUUCCUGAAGUUGACAUCAAAGGCCCCAAAGUAGACAUUGAUGUUCCAGAUGUGGAUGUUCAUGGUCCAGACUGGCACCUGAAGAUGCCCAAGGUGAAAAUGCCCAAGUUCAGCAUGCCUGGCUUCAAAGGAGAGGGCCCUGAAGUGGAUGUGAGCCUGCCCAAGGCUGACAUUGAUGUCUCUGGACCCAAGGUGGACAUUGAUGUUCCAGAUGUGAAUAUUGAAGGUCCAGAUGCAAAACUGAAGGGCCCCAAGUUCAAGAUGCCUGAAAUGAACAUCAGCCCCAAGAUCUCUAUGCCUGAUUUGCAUCUCAAGGGUCCCAAACUAAAGGGAGAUGUGGAUGUGUCCUUGCCCAAAGUGGAAGGUGACCUCAAGGGCCCAGAGGUUGACAUCAAAGGCCCCAAAGUGGACAUUGAUGUUCCAGAUGUGGAUGUUCAGGGCCCAGACUGGCACCUGAAGAUGCCCAAGGUGAAAAUGCCCAAGUUCAGCAUGCCUGGCUUCAAAGGAGAGGGCCCUGAAGUGGAUGUGAACCUGCCCAAGGCUGACAUUGAUGUCUCUGGACCCAAGGUGGACAUUGAUGUUCCAGAUGUGAAUAUUGAAGGUCCAGAUGCAAAACUGAAGGGUCCUAAGUUCAAGAUGCCGGAGAUGAACAUCAAGGCUCCUAAGAUCUCAAUGCCUGAUUUGGACCUUAAUCUUAAAGGCCCCAAAGUGAAAGGAGAUGUGGAUGUUUCACUUCCAAAUGUAGAGGGUGAUUUGAAAGGGCCUUCUCUUGACAUAAAGGGUCCAAAAUUAGAUAUAAAUGCUCCAGAUAUGGACAUUCAUGGUCCUGAGGGCAAAUUAAAAGGUCCCAAACUGAAAAUGCCUGACAUGCAUGUAAACAUGCCCAAGAUCUCCAUGCCUGAAAUUGACUUGAAUUUAAAGGGCUCAAAGCUUAAGGGAGAUGUUGAUAUCUCUGGACCCAAACUGGAGGGUGACAUUAAAACUCCCAAGUUGGAUGUGAAGGGCCCAGAAGUGGACAUUUCUGCUCCCAAGGUUAAUAUCGAAGGAAAAUCAAAGAAAUCUCGUUUUAAGCUCCCUAAAUUUAAUUUUUCUGGGUCCAAAGUUCAGACACCUGACAUGGAUGUCAAAAUUAAAAAGCCAGAUGUUGAUGUAACAGCUCCAAAAGUUGAUAUUAAUGCUCCAGAAGUUGAAGUCCAAGGCAAAGUGAAAGGAUCCAAGUUUAAAAUGCCUUUCCUGAGUAUUUCAUCUCCCAAAGUUUCUAUGCCUGAUGUGGAGCUAAAUUUGAAAGGUCCUAAAGUUAAAGGAGACUUAGAUGUAGCAGGCCCAAAUUUAGAAGGAGACUUUAAAAGUCCCAACGUGGAUAUUAAAGCACCAGAAGUUCAUCUUAAUGCACCUGAUAUGGAUGUUCAUGGUCCAGAAUGGAAUCUGAAGAUGCCCAAGAUGAAAAUGCCCAAAUUCAGUGUGUCUGGCUCCAAAGCAGAAGGACCUGAUGUGGCUAUGGAUUUACCAAAAGGAGACAUCAAUAUAGAAGGUCCCAGUGUGAAUAUUGAGGGCCCAGAACUCAAUGUGGAAUGUCCAGAGGGAAGCUUAAAAGGCCCCAAAUUUAAGAUGCCUGAAAUGAACAUCAAAACCCCCAAGAUCUCUAUGCCUGACAUUGACUUAAACCUGAAAGGUCCCAAGGUAAAAGGAGAUGUAGAUGUUUCUCUUCCCAAACUUGAAGGGGAUCUUAAAGGGCCAAAGGUUGACAUCAAAGGCCCCAAAGUGGACAUUAAUGCUCCAGAUGUGGAUGUUCAGGGCCCAGACUGGCACCUGAAGAUGCCCAAGGUGAAAAUGCCCAAGUUCAGUAUGCCUGGCUUCAAAGGAGAGGGCCCUGAAGUGGAUGUGAACCUGCCCAAGGCCGACAUUGAUGUCUCAGGACCCAAAGUGGACAUUGAUGUUCCAGAUGUGAAUAUUGAAGGUCCAGAUGCAAAACUGAAGGGUCCUAAGUUCAAGAUGCCUGAAAUGAACAUCAAAGCUCCUAAGAUCUCCAUGCCUGACUUUGAUCUGAAUCUGAAAGGUCCAAAAUUGAAGGGAGAUGUGGCUGUGUCUUUGCCCAAAGUGGAAGGUGACCUCAAGGGCCCAGAGAUGGAUAUUACAGGCCCUAAAGUGGACAUUGACAUUCCUGAUGUUAGCAUUGAAGGUCCAGAGGGCAAACUGAAGGGCCCCAAGUUUAAGAUGCCUGAAAUGAACAUCAAAGCCCCUAAGAUCUCCAUGCCAGACAUUGAUCUCAACCUGAAAGGUCCCAAAGUGAAGGGUGAUGUGGACAUGUCUCUGCCCAAAGUGGAAGGUGAGAUUAAAGUUCCUGAAGUUGACAUCAAAGGCCCUAAAGUGGACAUUGAUGUUCCAGAUGUGGAUGUUCAGGGCCCAGACUGGCACCUGAAGAUGCCCAAAAUAAAAAUGCCCAAGUUCAGCAUGCCUGGCUUCAAAGGAGAGGGCCCUGAAGUGGAUGUGAACCUGCCUAAGGCUGACAUUGAUGUCUCAGGACCCAAGGUGGACAUUGAUGUUCCAGAUGUGAAUAUUGAAGGUCCAGAUGCAAAACUGAAGGGCCCCAAGUUCAAGAUGCCUGAAAUGAACAUCAAAGCCCCCAAGAUCUCUAUGCCUGAUUUGCAUCUUAAGGGUCCCAAACUAAAGGGAGAUGUGGAUGUGUCCUUGCCCAAAGUGGAAGGUGACCUCAAGGGCCCAGAGGUUGACAUCAAAGGCCCCAAAGUGGACAUUGAUGUUCCAGAUGUGGAUGUUCAGGGCCCAGACUGGCACCUGAAAAUGCCCAAGAUGAAAAUGCCCAAGUUCAGCAUGCCUGGCUUCAAAGGAGAGGGCCCUGAAGUGGAUGUGACCUUGCCCAAGGCUGACAUUGAUGUCUCAGGACCCAAGGUGGACAUUGAAGGCCCUGAUGUAAACAUUGAAGGACCAGAAGGAAAGUUGAAAGGUCCUAAGUUCAAGAUGCCUGAGAUGAACAUCAAAGCCCCCAAGAUCUCCAUGCCAGACAUUGAUCUCAACCUGAAAGGUCCCAAAGUGAAGGGUGAUGUGGACGUGUCUCUGCCCAAAGUGGAAGGUGAGAUUAAAGUUCCUGAAGUUGACAUCAAAGGCCCCAAAGUGGACAUUGAUGUUCCAGAUGUGGAUGUUCAUGGUCCAGACUGGCACCUGAAGAUGCCCAAGGUGAAAAUGCCCAAGUUCAGCAUGCCUGGCUUCAAAGGAGAGGGCCCUGAAGUGGAUGUGAACCUGCCCAAGGCUGACAUUGAUGUCUCAGGACCUAAGGUGGACAUUGAUGUUCCAGAUGUGAAUAUUGAAGGUCCAGAUGCAAAACUGAAGGGCCCCAAGUUCAAGAUGCCUGAAAUGAACAUCAAAGCCCCCAAGAUCUCUAUGCCUGAUUUGCAUCUCAAGGGUCCCAAACUAAAGGGAGAUGUGGAUGUGUCCUUGCCCAAAGUGGAAGGUGACCUCAAGGGCCCAGAGGUUGACAUCAAAGGCCCCAAAGUGGACAUUGAUGUUCCAGAUGUGGAUGUUCAGGGCCCAGACUGGCACCUGAAGAUGCCCAAGGUGAAAAUGCCCAAGUUCAGCAUGCCUGGCUUCAAAGGAGAGGGCCCUGAAGUGGAUGUGAACCUGCCCAAGGCUGACAUUGAUGUCUCAGGACCCAAAGUGGACAUUGACACUCCUGACAUUGACAUUCAUGGCCCAGAAGGGAAACUGAAGGGCCCCAAGUUUAAAAUGCCUGAUCUCCACCUCAAGGCACCCAAGAUCUCCAUGCCUGAUAUUGACUUAAACCUAAAAGGUCCCAAAGUGAAGGGUGAUGUGGAUGUGUCUCUGCCCAAAGUGGAAGGUGAGAUUAAAGUUCCUGAAGUUGACAUCAAAGGCCCCAAAGUGGACAUUGAUGUUCCAGAUGUGGAUGUUCAUGGUCCAGACUGGCACCUGAAGAUGCCCAAGGUGAAAAUGCCCAAGUUCAGCAUGCCUGGCUUCAAAGGAGAGGGCCCUGAAGUGGAUGUGAGCCUGCCUAAGGCUGACAUUGAUGUCUCAGGACCCAAGGUGGACAUUGAUGUUCCAGAUGUGAAUAUUGAAGGUCCAGAUGCAAAACUGAAGGGUCCUAAAUUUAAGAUGCCUGAAAUGAACAUCAAAGCCCCAAAGAUCUCCAUGCCUGACUUUGAUUUGCAUCUGAAAGGUCCUAAACUGAAGGGAGAUGUGGAUGCUUCCUUGCCUAAAAUGGAAGGUGAACUAAAGGGCCCUGGAAUUGAUAUCAAGGGUCCCAGUGUGGAUAUUGACACUCCUGAUGUCAAUAUUGAAGGUCCAGAAGGAAAAUUAAAGGGACCCAAAUUUAAAAUGCCAGACAUGCAUAUUAAAGCUCCCAAGAUUUCCAUGCCUGACUUUGACUUAAACCUUAAAGGACCCAAGGUAAAAGGAGAUGUGGACCUUGCAUUGCCUAAGGUGGAAGGUGAUCUCAAAGGGCCAGAGAUAGACAUUGAGGGUCCUCAAGGAAAACUCAAAGGCCCCAAAUUUAAAAUGCCAGAUGUCCAUUUCAAAACCCCACAAAUUUCCAUGAGUGACAUAGAUUUGAACAUGAAAGGACCUAAGAUAAAGGGAGAUUUGGACAUUUCGGUUCCUAAACCAGAAGGGGAUUUGAAAGGUCCCAAAGUGGAUGUCAAAGGCCCCCAACUGGACAUUGACACUCCUGACAUUGACAUUCAUGGCCCAGAAGGGAAACUGAAGGGCCCCAAGUUUAAAAUGCCUGAUCUCCACCUCAAGGCACCCAAGAUCUCAAUGCCAGAAGUUGACCUGAACCUGAAAGGGCCAAAGGUGAAGGGUGAUGUAGAUGUUUCUCUGCCCAAAGUGGAAGGAGACCUCAAGGGCCCAGAGGUUGACAUCAAAGGCCCCAAAGUGGACAUUGAUGUUCCAGAUGUGGAUGUUCAUGGUCCAGACUGGCACCUGAAGAUGCCCAAGGUGAAAAUGCCCAAGUUCAGCAUGCCUGGCUUCAAAGGAGAGGGCCCUGAAGUGGAUGUGAACCUGCCCAAGGCUGACAUUGAUGUCUCAGGACCCAAGGUGGACAUUGAUGUUCCAGAUGUGAAUAUUGAAGGUCCAGAUGCAAAACUGAAGGGCCCCAAGUUUAAGAUGCCUGAAAUGAACAUCAAAGCCCCCAAGAUCUCCAUGCCAGACAUUGAUCUCAACUUGAAAGGUCCCAAAGUGAAGGGUGAUGUGGACAUGUCUCUGCCCAAAGUGGAAGGUGAGAUUAAAGUUCCUGAAGUUGACAUCAAAGGCCCUAAAGUGGACAUUGAUGUUCCAGAUGUGGAUGUUCAUGGUCCAGACUGGCACCUGAAGAUGCCCAAGGUGAAAAUGCCCAAGUUCAGCAUGCCUGGCUUCAAAGGAGAGGGCCCUGAAGUGGAUGUGAACCUGCCCAAGGCUGACAUUGAUGUCUCAGGACCCAAGGUGGACAUUGAUGUUCCAGAUGUGAAUAUUGAAGGUCCAGAUGCAAAACUGAAGGGCCCCAAGUUCAAGAUGCCUGAGAUUAACAUCAAGGCUCCAAAGAUAUCUAUGCCUGAUGUAGAUCUGGAGUUAAAAGGACCCAAAGUAAAAGGAGACUUUGACGUGUCUAUUCCUAAGAUUGAAGGUAGUCUCAAAGGACCUGCAGUAGACCUGAAAGGUCCAGGUCUAGAUUUUCAAGGCCCUGAUGCUAAACUUAGUGGCCCUAACUUGAAGAUGCCGUCCCUGGAUGUAUCUUCUCCUAAAGUCACUGGGCCUGAUGUUAAUUUGCACCUGAAGACACCAACAAUCGGAGUUUCUGGGCCUAAGUUAGGAGGUGGUGAAGUGGACCUCAAGGGGCCCAAAGUUGAUUUAGAAACUCCAAGCCUAGAUGUCCACAUGGAGAGCCCAGAUAUUAAUAUCGAGGGGCCAGAUGUUAAAAUUCCAAAGUUUAAGAAACCCAAGUUUGGAUUUGGUGCCAAAAGCCCUAAAGCUGACAUCAAGACACCAUCAGUUGAUGUGACUGUCCCUGAAGCAGAGCUGAGUGUCGAGACUCCUGAAGUAAGUAUUGGUGGAAAGGGCAAGAAAAGCAAGUUUAAAAUGCCUAAAAUUCACAUGAGUGGCCCUAAAGUUAAGGCCAAAAAGCAAGGAUUUGAUUUGAAUGUUCCUGGAGGCGAGAUUGAUGCCAGUCUCAAGACUCCUGAGGUGGAUGCCAGUGUUGCAGGGCCUGAUGCUGCACUCAAAGUUGAUGUAAAGUCUCCCAAGGUCAAGAAAACCAUGUUUGGGAAAAUGUACUUCCCAGAUGUAGAAUUUGACAUCAAGUCACCUAAGUUUAAAGCAGAGGCUUCCCUACCUAGCCCCAAGCUGGAGGGUGAAAUCAAGGUACCUGAUCUGGAUAUUUCUUCACCAGGGAUUAAUGUGGAAGCUCCUGAUAUCCAUGUGAAGGCUCCCAAGUUCAAGGUGCCAGGCGUGGAUGUCUCAGGGCCAAAGAUAGAGGGCAACUUGAAAGGUCCUAAGGUUCAGGCAAACUUGGACACACCUGACAUCAAUAUUGAAGGCUCUGACGCCAAAAUCAAAGCACCCUCGUUCAGUGUUUCUGCUCCUCAAGUCUCCAUACCUGAUGUGAAUGUUAAGUUGAAAGGACCAAAGAUAAAGGGUGAUGCUCCCAGUGUGGGACUGGAAGGACCUGACAUAGAUUUGCAAGGUCCAGAAGGAAAAAUCAAGUUCCCUAAGUUUUCACUGCCCAAGAUCAGUGCCCCUGGUGUGAAAAUGGAAGGUGGAGGCACUGAGAUCUGUGGCCAGAUGCCCUCUCUUGAAGGAGGCUUGAAGUUUGAAGGGCCUGAUAUGUCUCUGAAAGGCCCAGGAGUGGACUUGCCUUCGGUGGACCUCUCUAUGCCAAAAGUUUCUGGGCCUGAUCUUGACCUGAACUUGAAAGGACCAAGUUUGAAGGGAGAUCUGGACACAUCCAGUCCCAGCAUGAAGGUGCAUGCUCCAGGUUUUGACCUCCAAGGUGUUGGUGGAAAAGUACAGAUAGGGGGAGAUGGUGUGAAAGUGUCAGGGAUUGAUGCCACAACAGCAUUCAAUGUGGGGGCACCAGAUGUGACACUGAAGGGACCAAGCCUACAGGGAGAUCUGGCUAUGUCUGGGGACAUCAAGUGCCCUAAAGUAUCUGUGGGUGCUCCCGAUCUCAGCUUGGAGGCCUCAGAAGGUGGUAUCAAACUUCCCCACAUGAAGCUGCCUCAGUUCGGCAUCUCCACUCCGGGGUCCGACUUGGACAUUAACAUCAAGGGGCCACAAGUUUGUGGAGAACUAAGGGGGCCAGGGAUGGAUGUGAACCUGAAGGGGCCCCAGAUCUCAGCUCCGAGCAUGGACUUUAACAUGGAAGGACCAAAAGUGAAGGGGGGCUUCGGGGCCGCUGGUGAAUUAAAAGGCCCAACAGUUGGGGGAAGCCUUCCGGGUGUCAGUGUUCAAGGCCUAGAAGGAAAUCUCCAAAUGCCUGGAGUUAAGGCUUCUGGGUGUGAUGUGAAACUCCCAACGGGGCAGCUUUCUGGUCCUGAAAUGAAAGGAGAUCUGAAAGGUUCAGGAAUAGGUCUCCAUGGGGCUGUCCCUGAUCUCAGUGUCAAGGGGCCUUCCUUUAACACAGCAUCUCCUGAGUCAGAUUUUGGUGUCAGCUUGAAGGGCCCCAAAGUCAAAGGAGGUAUAGAUGUCUCAGGGGGUGUCGGUGUCCCAGAUAUCAACCUGGGUGAAGGGCAUAUGAGUGUCAAAGGCUCUGGGGCUGAGUGGAAGGGACCCCAAGUCUCCUCCUCUCUAAACUUGGAUACAUCUAAACUUGCUGGGAACCUUCAUUUCUCAGGACCAAAGAUAGAAGGAGGUGUGAAAGGAGGCCAGAUUGGACUCCAAGGUCCUGGGCUGAGUGUGUCUGGGCCUCAAGGUCACUUGGAAAGUGGAUCUGGAAAAGUAACAUUCCCCAAGAUGAAGAUCCCCAAAUUUACCUUCUCUGGCCGUGAGCUCGUUGGCAGAGAAGUAGGGGUGGAUGUUAAUUUCCCUAAAGUAGAGGCCAAUGUGCAGGCUGGUGCAGGAGAAGGCGAGUGGGAAGAGUCUGAAGUAAAACUUAAAAAAUCCAAAAUCAAAAUGCCCAAGUUUAAUUUUUCCAAACCUAAAGGGAAAGGCGGUGUUACCGGAUCACCAGAAGCAUCCAUUUCUGGGUCCAAAGGGGACCUGAAGAGCUCAAAGGCCAGCUUGGGCUCUCUGGAAGGAGAAGCAGACGCUGAAGCAUCUUCACCGAAAGGCAAAUUCUCCCUCUUUAAAAGUAAGAAGCCAAGACACCGCUCCAACUCCUUCAGUGAUGAGAGGGAGUUCUCGGCGCCUUCCACCCCAACUGGGACUUUGGAGUUUGCAGGUGGAGAAGCUAAAGGCAAACAUGGGAAGCUGAAAUUUGGUACCUUUGGUGGGUUGGGGUCAAAGAGCAAAGGUCAUUAUGAGGUGACUGGGAGUGAUGACGAGGCAGUCAAGUUACAGGGGAGUGGCGUGUCCUUGGCCUCAAAGAAGUCCCGGCUGUCUUCCUCCUCUAGCAACGACAGUGGGACGAAGGUUGGCAUCCAGCUUCCUGAGGUAGAACUAUCAAUUUCCACAAAGAAAGAGUAGUGGGCCUUGUCUGUGUGUACAUAUAUAUAUAUAUGAGAAUACAUCAGCCUUGGGUGUGUUUGUAUAUAAACGCCAAAGAGAAACACCCCAACAGCCUCAGCAAUAAUGCAAAGAUCUUGCCUUUAUCAGUGGCAAGGGCUGACAAACCAAGGGCCUCUAGGCCCCUGGGACUCUGCAGCUAGGUAAAGAGUUCUAAAUUCAUCCGGCCCAUGUGCAAAGUCAACAGUAUUUGCCUUAAGAUUUCAGUUUUUUGUUUCUUAUUUUUUCUUUUCUUUCUUUUUUUUUUUUUUUUGCAUUGAACGCUGAGAGCUCGUGUUUACUAAGCAAGCUUCUGUGUUUAUCAUCCUUAUUUUUACUGAACAUUGUUAGUACCUGGGUAAUGGAAACCCAUUUUUUUUUUCAUUGUAAUGACUUUGGGGGCUUUUGUGAGUAAGGAAGGGUGAGAUAAAAGGUUGCAGGUCUUCAUUGCUCUGAAGGUUGGAUGUGUACAAAUAGCAGCCCACUGACAUGGCUCAGAGGAGGUGGUAGCCAGUGGGUGGUGUUUCUCAAAUAUCUGUAGCAUGACUUUUAAUCCCCAGGUGUGUUAGUCCCAGCCUAGUUUGGUGCUCAAGGUGAGAGGGGGAUUUGAAUCUGUUUGCAAACUGUCCAACCCACCAGGUCAAUGUGAAGGGCUUCCAUUCUGGGUUUGGUAAGAAAAGUGUUCAUUUAUGACUGCCAUGUUCUGAGAAAAACUCUGAUUUCUUUUAACAAAUGUCAUCGUGAUAAAGGAAAUGUCUGGCACUUUAAUGGCAAAUUAAUUGAGAAUGUAAGAAAGUUGAUGCUGUACAAGGCAAAUAAAGCCAUUUAUUAACCCUGA